AUGGCUGAGUUUGAAAAUGAAGAUGUAUUGCUUUUGCAAGAUGAUGAAAAUGAUAUUGAAACUAAUGAAGCCGAUGGCUAUGAUUUUCAGCAUCUCUAUGUUGCUGAUGAAAUUAAAAAUGUUGAAUUAAAUAGGAAAACUAGAGGUAGUUUGAAUAAACCCUCUAAAAAGCCUAGUAGAAUUAUAAAAGGCACUGCCAUUACAAGUGACAAAGCACCUAAACCAGUCAAAAGGAAGGCUAAGUCUACUAGUGCUACUAGUAAAGCUACUAAAUCUCCUAGAGUUGAGGAUUUUUCUCCAGAGGAGUUAUCAGUGUUGAGGGAUAAGAUGGGCAUAUCUACUAUGGGCAAGUCUAUUGACACUUUGACUCAUCUUUUUAGAGGAUUUAUAAAUAAAUGUGGGAAAGAGCCUGUAAGGACCCCUAGGUGUGAGACAGUUUCUCGGUCUUCCAAUCAAGCAGAGGUUGUAGAGAACCCUACUGCUGUAUCCUCUAACUCUCCAAUUUUGCCACUAGAGGCUAACUUAGAUGCAGUUCAUGAUUUUGAUCUGGACUACUUAGAUGAUCCUGUAUAUGUACCUCCUUCUGGAGUUUGUGCUAGGGCUGAUGAUAGUCCAGCCCCAGUUGAUUUUGAAACUUCUUUUGACCCAGCAUUAGGGUUUUCAGAUGCCUUUAGGGCUCCUCUUAGUGAGAUUAAUGUACCAGUAUCUCAACCUGUUGUUGAACAGGUUGAACAAUAUGAUUUUGAUUUUGCCUGGGAAAUCCCACAAUUAAAUACAGAAGAGAAGACUGGGCCUAAAAUAUCUUCUAGUCUUUCUAAGGCUGUAAAUGCUGCAAUGUCUGUAAAAUCAAAUCAGGAUAGUAUAAAGUUAAUAGAGGAGAGAUACUUACGGCCUGAAAAUUGUGAGAACCUUUGUGUUCCUAGGGUGAAUAAGGAGAUUUGGACUGCACUGCCUCGACAGGCCCACACUGUGGAUUCUAAAAUGCAGGAAACCCAGAGGUACUUUGUUAAGGGGUUGACCCCCAUUGUUCAGUUGGCUAAUCAUUGUUGCAAGAAUGAGCCAUUAGAUGUUGAUAAUACUAGAAAGCUAUUGUCAGAUUCUAUUUGUUUGUUAGGCCAUGGUUUUCUUUCUCUGACACAGAGGAGACGCUCAGCUCUUAGACCUUAUCUUAAUGAUAAGUUCAAACCAAUUUGCAAUUCUGAUGUUCCUGUGGAUUCAUCACUUUUUGGUGCUGAUUGCAUGAAGCAGAUGAAGGAACUUGGUGAUUACACUAAGAUUCCAAUAGCUAAUCCUAGAUUCCUUGGUAGAGGAUCCAGGUCUAACAAUAAUAGCGCUCCAAGCAGCUAUAGUAGAGACCAAUAUCUGUCUUUAAACUCCAGAGGCCCUGUCGGCCGACAGGGCGGACGGCAAUUCCCCUCCCUAAGGGGCAGAGGGAGAGGUUUCCCGACAGGAAACAGAGGAUCUCAAAGAGGUCACAACUCUCAGAGAGGGUUCUACCAGAACAACCAUUUUCGACAAUAGUUAAGGUGAGAGAACUUAAUUAUCCCGAAUGGGAAAAUAUUACAAGUGAUCUAUGGAUAUUAGAUACAGUAAGA